AUGGAGGCCAUUGCAGGACUCAGCCUUGCUGCCAACAUCCUGCAGCUCGUGGACUUCACCGCGAAAGUCUUGUCGACUGGAAACCAAAUUCGCAUGUCAGGCUCCACCGCACAGAACUCCGAGUUAGAAUUGGUAGCUCGCGACUUCACAGCGCUGAAUGAACGUAUCACAUUAUGGGCUCGUCCUAAUCCGGCCAGUUCGGACCCAUUGGCAAAGGACAGCCAGUUUGUAGGCACUCAAGAAUCUGGCUGCAGAACAGUGCGUGAUGAGCUUCAAUUUAGGAUUCUGAUCUCCAUCAGGGAAGACCAAAUGCAAGGUCUUGAUGAACCGAGUCGGAAGGCGAUACAGAGUGUGGUGGAAAGCAACAAAGAGCUGUUCAUGACAAUAACUUCACAAACCGAGAAUAUCAUGAAACGACAAGUUGCCGACAGCUCGUUGGCAACGAUGCGUCAUAAUGUGGUCUUACAUGCCAUAACCAACCAAAACAUAGAGAAGUACAGUAUACAGGAUAUCACACGCAAGAUCAUGAAUCUUCUGUAUUUUAAUCGGAAGGACGACAGAUACGAUGACAUCGCUAUUGCUCAUCAAAACACAUUCAAUUGGGCACUGGAGGGCCAUGCGAAAGAUUCCAGAAGCUGGCCAAGCCUCGUAGACUGGCUUCGGCAGGAUGGUGAUGUGUAUUGGAUUAGCGGAAAGGCCGGGUCUGGGAAAUCCACAUUGAUGAAGUGUCUAUACAAAGAUCCCCGGUUUAUGGAGUCGCUGAAACUCUGGGCUGGAAGUGAUCGUCUCAUCGUUGCGGACUUCUACUUCUGGAAUUCAGGUGUCGAAAUUCAAAAAUCACAGGAAGGCCUCUUUCGCUCACUGCUCUGGCAGGUGCUCAAUCAGGACAUCUCUCUGGCAUCUACACUGUUUGCGGAGCAGUAUCUACUCCACGCCGAAUGGAACGAGUUUCCCACGUUUCACCAACUUCGCCGAGCAUUUGGAAGGCUCACGAGCCAUUGUCCUACCUCGACGAAGAUCGCAAUAGUAAUCGAUGGUUUGGACGAAUUCGAUGAUCGACGAAUUACAAUAACAGAGCUUGGAGAGAUGUUAAAGACUGCCACUAAAGGUGGCAGUGUCAAAGCCCUUUUGUCAAGCAGGCCUAUUACUGCAUUCGAGGAUUGUUUCGCUGGUAAGCCACAGCUCCGGCUCCAUCAGCUCACUUAUGACGAUAUCACAACGUAUGUGUAUGACCUGUUGUCCGUACAUCCUCAAAUGGUCUACCUGAAAACUACUUAUAACAACGAAACCAAAGCACUUGUGGAAGAGGUUGUCAGCUCAGCCUCGGGGGUUUUCUUAUGGGUCACGCUUGUAGUGAAGUCACUUAUCGAAGGGCUGCAAGAUGGGGAUAAGAUCGAAGAUCUUCAGUUACGACUGCGGGCUUUACCGAAGGAUCUUGAAGCGCUUUUCACCCUAAUGCUACGUAACGUGCCUACCUUGUACAAGUCACAAGCGUCACGCAUAUUUCAAAUCCUCCGAUGCAACAACGAAGGCCACCAGCAGAUGUAUGAUGUUGGGAGCGGGAAGGAAAGGCCGUUAUCCGCCGUCAGACUGUCCUAUGCAGAAGCUAAGAUCGACGAGGUCAUAGGCGCUGACAUUUCUCCCUUGUCAAAUGGAGAACUUGAACAAAUAGAGAGCACCAUAGAACGUCGAAUUCGAAGCCGUUGCGCAGGUCUCUUGGAACUUCGGACGCGAAGCAAGUCCCAGCAAGAUGAAACAAGUCAGGUCGAUCAAAGGGAUACGAAGGAAGUUGUGUAUCUUCACAGGACUGUCACUGAUUUCCUGUACGAAGAAAGGGUCUGGGCCGAAUUGAUGAGUCACGCAGAGGGACUGAAGUUUCAUGCACCCCUAGCUGUGCUACAAUCAUUGGUCAUGGAAGUCAAAACGGUCAAUCUGGGACGGCAGCCACCGGCUGAUGGGAUUCCCUGGCGACUUGUGUCUGACGCUCUGCUAUUUGGGCGACUUACGGAAGCGACCGCUCAGACGAGCUCUCAGAAACUCUUCGAUGAGCUUGACAGAGCAAUGACGACUUACUUCCCAGACGUUACAGGACACUGGAAAGGAGGAGAAUACAAAGAAGCAACUUGGUGCGAUACAUAUGUAGAGGACUACAUCAGGCCCGCACCCUGGCAUGAUAAUUUCAUGUCCUUGACCGUCAGAUUUGGGUUGACGUUGUACGUUCGAGAUACUAUCCGUAAAAAAGGUCGAGAUUGUUUGAACAAACGUGGUAGACCGCUGCUCGACUACGCCUGCAGACCUGAGCCGAGAUACGAAAAGUGGUCAGCUUUCAAUGAUCCCAACCUCGUAGAGACUCUGUUACUGAACGGUGCUGAUCCGAAUCUCAAGUUCAAUGGGUUCAGUGCCUGGCAAAAUUGUCUGUAUACAGAGACUGACAACCCCGUCAAAUGGAUAUCUCUACUGAAACUCUUACUUCUUCAUGGGGCGGAUGCCAACGCAUGUAUUGAGACGCGAAAUGAAGGUCAGAAAUCUGCAUUAAAUGUCAUCAAGGAGUGCUUCGAUGAGUUCAUAGCUGGGGAUGCUCAAGCUACUGAAGGAAUCAUAAUGCGCUUCACGUCUCGUUAUGAAGAGGCUGUAACUGAAACCGUAUCGGCGGAAACACUGGCUCAGCUUAAGCUGGACAUCGUUGAGUUGAAGGAAUUGCUCAUCGAGCGAGGUACUAGUGGCGUUCACGGCAAGGUCGAAAACAUGAGGUGGAGGCUCUUUGGUAAACGAGUAACGCUACCUGUAAGACGUUUCCUUGGGAGAGGCCACAAGUAA